AUGUUCACUAAAGAAGAUAUCAUCUUGGCUAUUAUCAUGGCUGGAGAAUCUAUGAUAGGCAUGUUGGCAAAUGGAUACAUUGGACUAAUGUUCUGGAUCGACUCUGUUAAGAAGAAAAAGACACCCUCAUUAAACUACAUCCUCACAAGUCUGGCUAUUUCCAGAAUUUGUCUGCUCUUUAUAAUAGUAGUAGAUGACAUUGUACUGAUACUCUACCCAGAGCUUUAUGGAGAGGAUAAACUAGUGAUAGUAUUCAGUGCCGCCUGGGUAUCCAUCAACUACUCGAGUUUGUGGUUUGCCACCUGCCUCAACGUCUUCUAUUUACUGAAGAUAGCGAAUUUCUCCAGUCCACUUUUUCUCUGGUUAAAAUGGAGGAUUGACAGAGCGAUUUUCUGGAUGUUGCUGGCAGGCUUGGCCAUUUGCUCCUUGAGUGGCCUUCUGACAGCAAAACUGAAUUAUUAUGAACACAGUUAUAGAUUUACAAAACAUCAAAGAAACAUCACUGAAAUAUUUCAUGUGAGUGAAAUUAAAUAUUUCAACCCAUCAGUCCUCUCUAACCUUUUGGCAGUUGUCCCAGUGACUGUGUCACUGAUUUCUUUUUUCCUGUUAAUUUUGUCUCUGUGGAGACACACCAAGCACAUGAAACUCAAUGUUACAGGCUGGAGAGACCCCAGCACAGAAGCCCAUAUUACAGCCAUGAAAAAUGUGACUUCUUUUCUCCUCCUCCUUUUCGUAUACUAUGCGGCUUGUCUUUUAGUAACUUACAGUGACUUAAUGAAUGGAAAGUUAGUUUCUGGGCUUGGAAAGAUUAUAGUGAUUCUCUACCCCUCUGGCCACUCCCUUAUUUUAAUUAUUGGAAAUAGCAAGCUGAAACAAGCAUUUGUCAGGUUAUUGAGAUGUGGUGGGGGUUAG